GGGAGCUGCCUGUCAUUGACCGGCGGAGCUGCUUGCUUGCGGGGGUCUUUUUGGUUUUUUUCCCGGCUGCCGCUCGGUGCUUAUGGAUAUCUCUAGCUUAAAAAAGAGGCAGUGAGCCAGUAUUUGUUACAGAAUGGUAUUAAGAAAAAGACUAAAAUGGUGCCUUUGUAGUAGGAGUAUUGAUGCUGCCGGUGCCUUGUAGCUGUAGUGAAAGUUAGCUAAUGAGUAGCAUAAGGUUAGCCGAAUAGCUAAUGCUAGGCCUUCCGUUUCCUUUGGUUUGUCAGGACAGCAUAUUAUUUUGUUAUUCCCUUUGUAAAGCAGGGCACUGUUGCUCUUUUGUUUGCUAGCGUUUGCUGAUUUUUUUUCUUUGCUUCCUGUGGUGGAUAAGGCACUGAAAUGAAGAGAGUGAACAGCUUCCAGAGGUUCAUGAACAGACGGGCCUCUGCUAACUGCCGCUAUCAGCCCACCUGCUAUGAGCAUGCUGCAAACUGCUACACCCAUGCACUCCUCAUCGUGCCAGCCUUUGUGGGCAUGGCGUUUCUGCAUCGUCUGUCCGACAACGGCUGGGAGAGGAUCACCGCCUGGGUGUACGGCAUGGGCCUGUGUGCCCUCUUCCUGGUCUCCACUGUGUUUCAUAUCAUCACCUGGAAGAAAAGCCACAUGAGGUCUAUGGAACAUUGUUUCCACAUGUGCGACAGAGUGGUCAUUUAUUUCUUCAUUGCUGCCUCCUACACACCUUGGUUGAACCUACGUGAGUUGGGCCCACUAGCUGCACACAUGCGCUGGUUUGUGUGGCUCAUGGCUGCUGCUGGAACCAUAUAUGUCUUCAAUUAUCAUGAAAAGUAUAAACUUGUUGAGCUGGCCUUCUAUUUGAUGAUGGGUUUUUUCCCCGCAUCAGUCGUGACAUCAAUGAACAACACAGACGGCCUUCAGGAGCUGGCCUGCGGCGGACUCAUCUACUGCCUCGGUGUGUUUUUCUUCAAGAGCGACGGCGUCAUCCCCUUCGCCCACGCUAUCUGGCACGUGUUUGUGGCGCUGGCCGCGGCCGUGCACUACUACGCCAUCUGGAAAUACCUCUACAGGGCCCCCAGCGCAGACACCCUCCAGUCAUGACCAAAGCCGGGGCUGGACGCCGGCACCUUCUCCCCCUGCACGCUUCUGAGCAGAAGCGCCUGCACACGGACUUCCCUCAACUGCCCGCUGAAGCUGCAACGACAGCCGUGAAGUUUACGAAAAUAAUGACCAGGAAUUGUUUACUGUUUUCUAACGUGGAGAACAGAUUUUUCAGCGUCUCACUUGCGAACAAAAGCUACUUUCAAAGCUGUUUUGUACAACUUCAGUCUAAAAAAAACAUAACAAGGGGAGUGAAUUUUGACUUUUUACAUGAACCUGGGCACAUUCAUGAGUAUUUGAGAAAUUUGAUAGCAGUCUUUUGUAUUAUUGAUGUGAGUACAUUCCACAUUGGGGCCAUUUGAGUGUCAAAACCUGGAGAUUCAUUCAUAUCAGCUGGUUAUUUAAACACUGGGGAUAUGGAGUGAGGUUUUCAGCUCAGUAGCUGGGCUGGGUAUCACUUUAACCAAAAGAAUAUUUUUUUCAUACUUUGCUUCUGAGAAAACAUGUUUUUCUAAAAAAAUGUUUCUGUUUGAUUUAAAAAAACAAAAGGCAACCAAAGUUUGGAAAUCUAAACACAAGCCGUUGUACAAGACAGUACAAAUUUUGGCAAAACGCAAUUUAAAGCAGGAACUAUUUGAUGGAAAAAUGAAUACAGUAAAGCAUAAAUCUGACCAGAUAUUUGAUGCCAACUUUUGAUACUAAAAAAAAGUAUUGAAGUUUUUUGCCCAGCCUUUGUCAGUAGUUAAUACAGACUGGAAGUGUUUUAAGUGUGCUCGGUUUUGUGCUGCUGGUGCAUUUUCAAGUCAAGUCAGGAAGGAAAAUGACAAAAAAAAGCUUUCGAUGGACAUUUGGUCAUUUGUUUUCCUAUUAUCUUUUUCACAGUGAUUACUAUAAACCCAUCUGAUCCACAUUCACACUUUUUUGACUGUUGCAUAUUUGGUUUCUGAUCGCUAUCCAAAUGCAGUCCUCAGGUUUCAGCAUCCACAGUUUCUCCUGUAAGUGUUUAGCGCCCCCUGCUGAUGGGCUGAUGUAAGGAGAUGAAACGGAUGGAUUUUGUUAAUGAGCCAAAUGAGAGAAAAAUCAGUUCAGGUAAUAGGAAGAGACAGAUUCUUUUUUUCAAUUUUGUUAUUACUGUGAAUAGUGUGCAGUAGAGUGUGUGUAUGCACGACCUUUGUACUGUAGUCCAGUAUUGCCGUUCUGCUGAUUCUCUCUCUUUUUGAUUUGCACCACUAGGACGAACAGUGUUUUUCUGUCUGUGUUCUGAAGCGGGUUUGAUCAGUGGAGAAACCUCAUGUUCAUGUUUUGUAAAUUUGCUUAAUGGCUCCACAUUCCUAACAUUUCUCGUUGCUUCUUUCCUCUUAGUGAUGUACGGAGCUGAAUGAUCGCAUAUUUCUUAAUUGUUGAAAUGACUUCCUUAACCACUGUGUUUUGUAAUGUUUAUAUUCUGUUGUUUGUUCCGAUGAUGACAUGAUCCUGGCCUUGGCAGGGAAAAAAAACUGCUUCUUGUCUGUUCCAUUGGCUGUUAAUGGUGCUGCAUAUACAUGAAUGCUCCUCCAUUCGGAAUAUCACCUUUCUAAUGUGACAAUAAAAAAAAUGAUAAUGCCCCAA